ACUAAUUUCAGUGUAUGAAACAGUUUUUGUGAUGUGUUUUAGCUGCACUGAAAUAUCAACCUGUCAUGAAAGAUAAACAACUCUUCAUGAAUGCGUACAAACUUAGUUUCGAAGAAAUGUAAAUUACUUCGAUGGCAUUAAAUAUGGAUCAAACUACAGUUGUUCAGGGACUUCUGUGUUCUGGUGACAAAGUACUGUUGUGCAUUGAAGCAGGUCUUGUGCAGGAUUGGGUAAAAUCAAAUCGAGUUUUAGCACUGGUCGAACGUUCCGGUGAACAUGCUGUUUUUGUUUUGGUGCAAGUAAGAACACCUUCAUCAAAUCCGGGUUAUUUAAGCAUUGAAAAGGCAAUUGCUGUCAACGACAGUUUUAGGUGUGACAUUGAAACUUCUGGGACCGACUCAACUGCAGACGACAAUGUAUAUCUUAAGAUUACUGGAAGCAAACAAAAGCUGCUUUUUGAGUUGCCGUACAAUGCGAAAACUAAAAAUUUUGCCUCUCAAGUUUCUAAAGCUUCUGAAACAUUUUUCUUAAAAAUGGGUCCUCCAUCAGAUUUCCAGUGGUUAGCAAAAUACCAACCGAUACCUGUCAUAAGAGAAUCAACAUUUUUUCUCGAUGACGUUGAAAGUUUGAACAACCUAGCACUUGAUGUGCAAUCUGUCAACUCCAUAAAUUGUGAUGAUAAUUUUUCCGAGUUUGACAAUUCAUAUUUUCCACAGCUCAUGGCAGCACACAGUGACUCUGAUCUGUCAAAAAGUCAAAUGCCGUCUCCCGAGUUUGGUAAUUUACCGAGGCAAAGCAUUGCUAUGGGUGUAACUCCACUUGCAGCCAGAGAAAGUGUGAUUCGUCUGCAAAUGACCAUGCGAGAAGAUGAUUAUGUCUAUCUCGAGAAUUACACAGUUUUCAUGGGCACGUGGAAUGUCAAUGGUCAGUCGCCUAAGGAAUCCUUAAAAGACUGGUUAUCGGUUGAUCCUACACCUCCUGAUUUCUAUGUAGUGGGCUUUCAAGAACUUGAUCUUAGUAAAGAAGCAUAUUUAUUUACUGACACCCCGAAAGAGGAUGAGUGGCUUCAAGCUGUUAAAGCAGGUUUGAAUCCUUCAGUGAAGUACAAAAUGGUCAAACUUAUUCGUUUAGUGGGGAUGAUGAUGAUUGUAUUUAUUAAAGAAGAAUUGGCUGAGCAUGUUAAAAACGUUGCCGCCGAAACAGUUGGAACUGGACUCAUGGGAAAAUUGGGUAACAAAGGAGGUGUUGCCGUCAGGUUAGACUACCAUCUUACAACCAUUUGUUUUGUCAAUUGCCAUUUAGCUGCUCAUAUGGAGGAGUGUGAACGCAGAAAUCAAGAUUAUAGCGAUAUAUGCGCUAGAAUCGCUUUCAGCCAGUUCAAACCUCCAAAAUCGAUCAAAGAUCAUGACCACAUAUAUUGGAUGGGGGAUAUGAAUUAUCGAAUAAUGGAUUUAGAUUGUGAGCAAGUAAAAGCACUUAUCGAGAAAAAGUGCUAUUCCAUUUUAUUAGAACAUGAUCAGUUGACAAUUCAGAACAAGUUAAAGAAAGUAUUUGUUGGUUUCAAUGAAAGCCAGAUCAACUUUGCACCUACUUAUAAAUAUGAUACGGGAACGAGCAACUGGGAUUCCAGUGAGAAAAAUCGACCGCCGGCGUGGUGUGAUAGAAUCCUGUGGAAAGGAUCAAAUAUAAAACAGUUUUCAUAUCGAAGCCAUCCAACCUUAAUGUAUAGCGACCACAAGCCGGUCAGUGGUUUGUUUCAAUCUAAAGUGAAGGUUGUAGAUGUUGCCAAAUAUCGCAAAAUAUACGAAGAAGUAAUGAAAAAACUGGAUAAAUUAGAAAAUGAGUUUCUGCCACAAGUCUCUCUCGACAAACUUGAAGUUAAUUUUGACAAAGUUCAUUUCAUUGAAACAAAAGUACAAAAUAUAACAAUCGCUAACACCGGGCAAGUACCAGUUCAGUUUGAGUUCAAGAAAAAAUUGAAUGAUACAAGAUACUGUAAAGACUGGUUGAGUAUCAAACCUUAUACAUCUUUUCUAAAACCUGGUGAAAAAUGCGAUGUGGAUUUAGAAGUAUUUGUUGAUAAAAGAAUAGCUUAUAAGUUGAAUGCCGGCAAGGAUAAAAUUUACGAUAUUCUCGUCCUUCAUUUGGAAGGGGGAAAAGAUUUAUUUAUAACUGUGUCUGGAACUUUUGUACCUGGAUGUUUUGGAGCAUCACUUGAAGCUCUUGUUAGGAUUCCCGUACCCAUUACAGAACUCCCUGUUGAUGAGUUAUUUGAACUAGAAAAUGCUGUUUCCACUGAUUCAAAAAUCAAACCUCAGCAGUUUGAAAUUCCUAAAGAAAUGUGGGUUUUGAUUGACCACUUAUACAAAUUUGGUUUAACUCAGAAAGAGCUGUUCUUACAACCUGGUCUUAGAUACGAAAUGCAAAAAAUCAGAGACAAACUGGAUAAUGGCAUAUAUGAGCUAGGCUCUUGUUCUAUCCAUUCAGUGGCUGAAUGUUUCUUACUGUUCCUUGAAGCCCUUGCGGAACCUGUGAUACCGUACGAGUUUUAUUACAAGUCUUUAGAAUGUUCAAAUAACUUCAUAAGUUGUAGAAAUGUUGUGAAUGAAAUUCCAAAAGUUCAUCGUAGCGUAUUUAGGUACUUAAUUUCCUUUCUUCGAGAAAUUUUGAAUCACUCUAUUUCUAACAGACUUGAUGGAAAGCUACUUGCCACUAUUUUUGGAGGAAUAUUAUUAAGGGAACCUUUAAAUGAAAGUCCUACUCCAUCCUACAAGAAGGCAAAUCAGCAGGCUAUUGAAAGAAAGAAAGCAACUUUUAUAUUUCAUUUCUUGAUGAAUGACCUAGAUGAAAUAUAAAAAUAUCAUUAUUGCAUCUCUAUGAUGUGCUAACAUACCUAUGUUUAUAAACUAAUUACCUCAUUUUAAAUAAUAGGAACUAUGGUAAAAUUUCGAACAUCACCUACGCUAAUUAUUAGUUUAAGAGGACCAUUUGUU